GAGUUUUCUGUUGAAGUUAGAGCUUCCGAGGAGCUCAUGAACGCAGCAUCAGGAUCCUGUAACUGCGACUCCACAGAGAUUAGCAACAGACUGUUGCUUUUUUCGGGUGAUUUGUCCGGAAUAAAUCUAAGAGUAAUACUUGACAUUAUUAAUGUAGUUUACCGUUAAUAUUUUACACACGAGUCCGAGGCUUCUCUAAAACUGUCAGCAGGGGGAAAUGACAUGUCAACGGCUAAACUUAAUGCUGGAAUUCUUGCGAGGACUGAACUCUGCUGUAACGUCUGCGCUGCCGUUGCACUGAAGGAGACGGAGUGAACAGCGAUAGCCAACUGAAGUUUAUUACUGUUUCCUCGAUAACAAAGGGGGACGCUAUUGUUUUAGUGCGUUUAUUCGACGCCAUCGUACGGUUAAAGGCCUCGAAAAGAUUUAAAAUGCAAGACGCACUCAUCUACGGUGUUUGCAUUGUAAAAGGACAUGGAGCACGGAGAAGGACCGUCUGAGUAACAGUGAUCAACUUAUAUUCUAUUCAGGACCUUCGCAUCGUCAAACCACCGCCUCCAGAUUUAAACAAACUAAAUGUAAAGGAUCGUUUGUUUCAAACUACCAUGGAUAUCUUUCCCCGGCCAAGCGGUGAAAUUCAAAGGAGAAACCCUCAGCAUGACUUUGAGCUCAUUCAGAGGGUGGGAAGUGGCACAUAUGGAGAUGUAUACAAGGCUCGAAAUAUUCAAACUGGGGAGCUCGCUGCUGUGAAGAUCAUAAAGUUGGAACCAGGGGAUGACUUUUCCAUCAUACAGCAGGAAAUCUUCAUGGUGAAGGAAUGCAUGCACCACAAUAUUGUGGCCUACUUUGGGAGCUACCUCUGUCGAGAGAAACUUUGGAUAUGUAUGGAGUACUGUGGUGGAGGAUCUCUGCAGGACAUUUAUCAUGUGACGGGACCUCUCUCAGAGCUUCAGAUAGCAUAUGUCUGCAGAGAGACCAUACAGGGUUUGGGAUAUCUGCACAGCAAGGGCAAGAUGCACCGUGACAUCAAGGGUGCCAACAUACUUCUUACAGACAACGGAGAUGUGAAGUUAGCUGACUUUGGAGUUGCAGCCAAAAUAACAGCUACCAUUGCCAAAAGAAAGUCCUUCAUUGGAACACCUUAUUGGAUGGCUCCAGAAGUAGCCGCAGUGGAGAAGAACGGUGGCUACAACCAGCUGUGUGAUAUCUGGGCUGUUGGCAUCACAUCCAUAGAGCUGGCCGAGCUACAGCCUCCAAUGUUUGAUCUACACCCAAUGAGGGCCUUGUUUUUGAUGUCGAAAAGCAGCUUCCAGCCUCCGAAGCUAAAAGACAAAAACAAAUGGUCCACUGCCUUCCAUAACUUUGUCAAAGUGUCUCUGACAAAGAACCCAAAGAAGAGGCCCACUGCAGAAAAACUUCUGUCGCAUGUGUAUGUGGCCCAGACGGGUUUGACAAGGAGGCUCGCUGUUGACCUCCUAGAUAAGAUGAACAACCCAGACAACCAUCAGCAUUACAGUGAGGUGGACGAUGAUGACCUCGAGCCCCUCUCUGCAGUCAGACACACCAUCCGCUCCACCAACAAACAAGCCAGAGCUGAGAGGACACGCUCAGAGAUAAACUCAAACAAUGGGACAGACCAAGGAGGGCCAUGCUCAAGUCCUAGCUUCACUGAGGGACACAGGGGGGAUGCAGUCGAUAAGCUCCAGUUUGAACCACCACUCCGUAAGGAAACUGAGGCUCAUUCUGAAAUGGAUGUGAGUAAAGAUAAUGACUUCCCUUCCCCCUGGAGUCCCUUUGCAGAGGGAGGAAUAACAACCAGGGGACACAUCGCCCACCUUGAAGAUGCAUUUGAAGAAGUGGAGCUGUCAACCCUCAAGCCAGGGGUUCCUCCUCCUCUGCCCCCAAAGCCACGAUUAAACAGCUCGUCAGAGGAGCUUGGCCUUAAUGAUGAGAGGUCUCUGACGGUUCGGAGGUUCCCUAACUCCGAGAACGGAGCGAGCCAGAUGGUUCGCAGACAGAGCACACCUGAGCAGAGCAACAAGGUAGAGCACUCGUCUCCAGAUUUCCUCUCUGCCAGCGUCAGCAGCCCCGGCCUUUUGUCUCACACCUCUGAUCCUGCUCUCAGUAAAUCUGAAUGUAAAGAUAAUGAUUCGGAUGACAGUGUGAAUGGAGACAGUCUCAAGCCACCGCCCAACCGACAAUACCGGAAGGAGAAAAAGGAAUUCCCUAAACCAGCUAUCAACGGUCUGCCACCCACUCCUAAAGUACUGAUGGGAGCCUGUUUCUCGAAAGUGUUUGAUGGCUGUCCACUGAAGAUAAACUGUGCCACAUCAUGGAUUCAUCCAGACACCAAAGAUCAGUACCUAAUCUUUGGGACGGAGGAUGGCAUCUAUACGCUGAAUCUUAAUGAGCUGCAUGAAGCCACAAUGGAGCAGCUGUUCCCGAGGAGGUGUACAUGGCUGUACGUUAUCAACAACAACCUGAUGUCUUUAUCUGAAGGGAAAACCUUCCAGCUGUACACCCACAAUCUCAUCGGGCUGUUUGAGCAGCUGAAGAAGCCUGGCCUGGCUGCUCAGUUCCAGACUCACCGCUUCCCAGACAAAAUUUUACCCAGGAGGUUUGCCUUGACAACUAAGAUCCCCGACACAAAGGGCUGCCACAAGUGCUGCAUUGUGAGAAAUCCAUAUACAGGCCACAAGUACUUGUGUGGAGCGUUGCAGUCUGGGAUUGUCCUGUUGCAGUGGUAUGAGCCCAUGCAGAGGUUUAUGCUCAUCAAGCACUUUGACUUCCCUCUUCCCAGCCCACUGAAGGUGUUUGAGAUGCUGGUAGUCCCAGAGCAGGAGUAUCCUCUGGUGUGUGUGGCCAUCAGCCAGGGCACAGAGCCGGGCCAGGUGGUCCGCUUUGAGACCAUCAACCUCAACUCCUGCUCCUCCUGGUUCACAGAGAUGGGAACAUGUAAUCAACAAGUGGAUGCAAUCCAUGUCACCCAGCUGGAGAGAGACACGGUGUUGGUGUGUUUGGACCAAAAUUUGAAGAUUGUUAAUCUCCAGGGCAGACUGAAGUCCAACAAGAAGCUGGCAUCUGAGCUCAGCUUUGACUUCUGCAUUGGAACUGUUGUGUGCCUUCAGGACAGCGUCCUGGCCUUCUGGAAACAUGGCAUGCAGGGAAAGAGCUUCAAGUCUAAUGAGGUGACCCAGGAGAUCUGUGAUCCAAGCAGAGUCUUCCGCCUCCUCGGAUCUGACAGGGUGGUGGUUUUGGAGAGCCGACCCACAGACAACCCCACGGCCCAGAGCAACCUCUACAUUUUAGCAGGUCAUGAGAACAGUUACUGAGCAUCUUCCGGAGAUCUGCCGGUUCUUAGAAAAGUGGAUAAGAUGCCUCAGUUUUGGGAGAAAACUCCAGACAGUUUUUGUUACUGACUGCGGGAUUGACAGGUCAAUAGAAGAGGAGCCUCUUCAGUCUGGAUCCAUGAGUAGCCUUACACCAGCAACGUGUUCACUGUAGCCCUGCUCAUCACAAACGACGAGGAAACUGUUACGAGCAGGUGGAGAAACAAUAAAAGCUCCAAUGAACAUUGUUACUAAGCAUUUUUCUCACUUUUCUGUACUGUGGACUGAGUUAUCUAGAGGUAUUAUUGACAAAAGUGCCAUUAAAAUUCACAAGAAUUUGUGAUUGUAUUAGCAAACAAUGGGAGAUUUAUUAUUAUUGUCUGUAACAUGUCACUCAUAAUCACUGCCAAUGGCAAACGUUAGGCUUGAGAGGAGGUUUUACAAGCUCUGUAGUCAAAUUAAUAGAUCCGUUUAAACAGAAACCCAUGAGCAUUGUGGGUUAUUUAAGCAAUAUUUAUUAACCUCAUGUUAAGUAAUAGGGUAUGUUUGAUUUACAGACUGUGUUAACAGACAGUGACGGUGCAGUCCUGCUGUGUGAGGAUUAACUACCUAGUGAACAGUUCCUGAGCAGCUUUGGGUUAUUUUUACUGCUAUGUAAUAUAGUCGCAUCUCUCCUUCCCUGCUGCAUUUUUAGAAGUUGGAUAUAAUGUACAUUUUUUUCUUUACCUUCCUCUUUUAUAGAACUUUUACUUCUCAUUAUUUGCACCAUGUAAGCACUUUUGUACAUUUUUUUAAUUUAAAAUAAAAUGACAAAAUGAGGGACAAUGCUAGGUUUUGUUAACAUCUUUGCAUUCCCUUUGCAAAAUGUUUAAUGUAUGCUGUUUUUGUAAUAAAAAAAGCCGUUAACAAGA